AAAAAUGGGCUGACAGGGAAACGUUUUCGCGCGAUACCCUUGAUUACGCGACCAAACAGACAGCCAUUGCAGGAAACAAACUGCAAUUGUACCAACUCGGGCUUGGGAAAUUCACCAUGGGGCUGUUAAAGCAAAAUGCAGAGCAGACGGGGGAGGCAGUACAAAGGGAGAUACAGCCAACCGCGGGCGUCGGGGGUUCCGAAAGCAGCAAGCCGGAGCCCAAAGCAGCCGAAAUAGGGGGUCCGCCGAGCUACGAUUUUGUGCCGGGGCCCAAUUCUUUCCCGGCACCGCAGCAGGCCGUUGCGCAACCACACCCACACGGUCAAGGAAUUUUCGAUGCCGAAAUUAUACAGCCGUUUGCGAUUAGUUCCAAGGAUGGUGCCGAGUCCUUUAUGGACACGAGGCUAGACAGAGAUCCGGACUUUCUCGAGUCCAAUAUCAAAAUCUGGGCACAAAAGCCACCAAGUUUUUACAUGCAGGUCCACGGAACCCACCGAGAAAGGCGCACGCGCAGAACAAACGGCCGCACCGAGACCCACACCGUCACGGUCACCGACUUCAACGUCGGCGUCCCGCUGCACGGGUUCCUGUUCGGCCAGCCCGAGCCAGGGCAGACGUCGCCCGCGCCGUCCUUCUCGUGGAUCCGCACGGUGGAGAACGACGAAAAGGUGCCCCGCGGCACGGUCCGCGCGACGCAGGGCCCCAUGCCGCCCCAGGCCGACGGCGGCGCGGAGGAGCCGCCCAGCGAGGCUCCGCCCAAGCCGACGCUGCAGGAGUGGUGCCACCGGUACUGCGCCAGCUUUGCGGGCCGCAAGACGUUUGUGGUGGAGCGGCGCGUCGCGGGGCUGGACGUGGCGCGGCUCGAGGCCGACGCCGUGGCCAUCGUCCGCAGCACGGGCUUCGGCGGCGACGUGAGCGUCGUGUUUGACGCGUUUGGCACCGAGGUCGAGGUCCUCAGCAGCAACAGGGUCAACCGGUGGCGGCGGCUGACGUGGCUGCGCGUGGUCUGCUACGUCACGUUCCUCUGGGUGUUCACCUGGCCGUUUUUGUACUUUUCCACAAAGAGGUUCCGCUGCGUCUAUGUCGAGUGGCCCUUUUCGCGGAUGCGGAGCGACGGCUCCAAGGAGUACGUCUCGCUGAACGAGGGUCAGAUGCUAGAGGUGUGGGGGAGGGCAAUGUUCAACGCCGUGAUGGCGCGCAGCACAGACAUUCUCAACCAGCAAGAUUUGAUGAAUGCUCAAGCUGGUGGUGGGACGGGUUAUGGGAUGGGUGGUGUUGGAAAUAAUAUCAGUCAACAAUAUGGAUGGGGACGGGACGGGUGGGGAGGGAGUUCUCUCUGACCUCCAAAAACAAUAAUUAUACCCAGUUGAAUUAUAGCAUUAGCAUAUAAAACGUAGAGACAUUCAAGUUUGUGUCUGAUGGUUAUUUGAAUCAGCUAUCAUUGCCAUAACUUGACGAAUAUUACACUGCAUGGUUGCUUCAAAGCAACGUCUGUAAGGUC